AUGGCCGACUCACUUACUGAAGAGCAAGUCUCCGAGUUCAAGGAGGCCUUCUCUCUCUUUGUAAGCUAUCCCCUUUGUUUCGCCGCCUUGCUUAGCCGUGUCUUGCUAGAAGCUGUCGCUAACCUCUUUAUCCAGGACAAGGAUGGCGAUGGCCAAAUUACCACUAAGGAGCUCGGUACCGUUAUGCGCUCUCUCGGCCAGAACCCCUCCGAGUCUGAGCUUCAGGACAUGAUCAACGAGGUUGACGCCGACAAUAACGGCACCAUCGACUUUCCUGAGUUCCUCACCAUGAUGGCACGCAAGAUGAAGGAUACCGACUCCGAGGAGGAGAUCCGUGAGGCUUUCAAGGUGUUCGACCGUGACAACAACGGUUUCAUUUCUGCUGCUGAGCUUCGACAUGUCAUGACCUCCAUCGGCGAGAAGCUCACUGAUGAUGAGGUUGAUGAGAUGAUCCGAGAGGCUGACCAGGACGGCGAUGGCCGAAUCGACUACAACGAGUUCGUCCAGCUCAUGAUGCAAAAAUAA